UGGGGAGGGGGCAAACACACACACACACACACUUUAACAUAGACCCAUAUGCUGUAGAUUGUAGCCAGCUUGUUAGCAGCAGGGCACAUAAAUCGUGUCGUUUUUAUUUAAAAUAAAUAAAUCAAGUGUCAGUAUAUAAAAUAAAAAUGAGCGAUAGCGGCAAAGGUUACGGCGAGCGGGAGUCUCGCUCUGCAUCCAGGAGCGUGAGUCCGAGAGGCUCAGGGAAGUCUGCAAGCCGCUCACCGGCUCGCUCGCCUGCCCGUUCAAAAGAAGGCUCCCGCCACUCCCACUCUAAGUCCCGUUCUCGGUCCAGGUCUAAAUCUGGGUCCCACUCCCACCGUGGAUCACGCAGACACUAUAGCAGAUCUCGCUCCCGCUCAAGGUCCUAUCGUCGGCGUUCUCACAGCAGGUCCUACAGCGGAGAACGCCGACGCAGAAGCCAUAGCCGCUCACCCAUGUCCAACCGCCGCAGGCACAUCGGCAACCGCGCUAAUCCAGAUCCAAACUGUUGCCUGGGAGUGUUUGGCCUGAGCUUGUACACCACAGAGAGGGACCUAAGGGAAGUCUUCUCUAAAUACGGCCCCCUGGCGGACGUCUCCAUCGUGUAUGACCAGCAGUCGAGGCGCUCCAGGGGCUUCGCUUUUGUUUACUUCGAAAACAAAGAUGAUGCAAAAGAGGCUAAAGAACGAGCCAACGGCAUGGAGCUGGACGGGCGUAGGAUCAGGGUGGACUUCUCCAUCACAAAAAGACCUCACACUCCAACCCCUGGAAUCUACAUGGGCCGGCCCACAUAUGGUGGAGGUGGUCCAAGUGGUCCCCGGCGUUACUCGCGCGACUACGACCGCGGAUAUGACCGCGGAUACGACAGAGGCGGUUAUGAUCGCUAUGACGACAGGGACUACUACAGAUCGUACAGAAGACGAUCUCCUUCACCGUACUACAGAGGGGCUUACAGGUCUCGGUCCAGAUCACGGUCUUAUUCUCCACGUCGCUAUUGAACAUUGCCGUCAAGGCCAUCCUCUUCCCAAGCACAGACAGGAAAUGUUACUGAGUGGUAUGAUUGAUUUUCAGAAUAGAUCUUCUUUCUUCUGUUUGCUAAUGUACAUGAGCAGUAAAUGUAUACUGACUAUCAGUGAAGCGGUGUCAUCUGACAUGACUGGAGCUGUCCCCAUCAUGUU